CAGUUAGGCUCAAAGUUCUGAUCAAUGGAUAACAAUUUCGAGAGGCUUUUGGAGUCGGGUGAUUUUUUGGCAAUCGGAGACAUCAUACUUGAACAGUCUGAUGAAGGCUUGGUAGAAAAGACACUAUCGGGAAUUCUUAGCGAUAUUGAGGGUCAACUGGCCGAAGCACAAAAGCUCAGCGGUGUUCCGCGCACACAGAAGUCAGAAAGAAAUGCGGUCAUACUGAAGAACGGUAUUUUAAGUUUGAUAUUGUUUGACGAUUAUUCUAAAUCUGCAAAAAUACUCAGCAAAAAAAUUGAUUGGAUAAUGUGCCACAUUUUUGAGCCAAUUAGAAAUCUUGUUUCCAACAGUUCCAAGGCGCCAGAAAUGAAUUUGAAGCUGUCCAUGAUGGCCUUGGUGACCAAAAUACUAUAUUCUCGCCGCGACUAUAUGCUGAAGUAUGGCGAGUCGGUUUUAUCGUUUUUAAUGAGUCAGGAACCUUUUCGCAUUUCUGAAGACGGAAUGGACUAUAAUAGUAGUAGUAACACACAGGAAGCGGUGCGCGGCCCUGGAAAUGAAGAAACGGAGCAGUUGUGUAACGAUUUCGUCAGGUCUUCAAUCGAGUUUUUGAUGGAUUUUGCAGCUGUAACGUUGGAUCCGAUCGUAAGUCACGCUCCAGAGCUGUUUUUAUCCGCCCAUCGCAUUUUCAAAGACAAGAGAUACCAACAGUCGCAAUAUGAGGUGUUGCAGCUGAUUGACCAGCUCGCGUCUUUGACCUUCGAAGGCAGAACAGAGGACGAGGAGGAUUUUUUGGAUACGAAAAUACGCGGACUUCUCUUCCAAAAUUGCGAAGAGGCUAAGAAAGAGAAAAGCCAAUGGGCUGCAAGUGCCGGUAGGGAGAUUUCGUUUGACGUCGUCAUGAACAUUCUUAUAAACAUCUCUACGCUAUUUGAUGAGGUGGACAAAGAAUAUGAGCAGAUUGAUACAAAUUGCCUGUCUACUCUGAAGGAAGAAGAAGAGUUGACAGAUGACUUGGUGUUCGUACACUUAGAAAUUUUGCAAACGGCCGUUUCCACGUUGGUGGGAAUGACCAAAGCCUACUUUGGGCUCAGAGAACACGAGCUAACGUUCGAGUUCAUCUGGUCCGUGCUUUCGGCCAAGUUGACCGCAUAUAAAAAAGAAUCGAGCUUCGAUAAAAUGACCAACGCCUACAAUACGCUUUCUAGAAUUCUUCCAUACACACACGAGGACAUCGUUUCUGAAGUGUACGAAGACAUCUAUCACGGACUAGAGGACGCUAUCGUCAACGCGGAACGCUGGGCACACGAAAAAUGCCCGUACGUAUCCGAACGCAACCAAAUAUACACAAACCUGCUGGACGCGGCCACCGAGUGCUACGCUACGCUGUUCAGGAGUCAGCCCGUACUUUCGUGGAAAAAACGAGACCACUUUUCGAAAAAAUUGUCUCCGUUCUUUGACAACAUGAUGAUUGUGGCAGAUUACAUAUCAGCGCUCGAGAAUCUACCGGCAGAGUGCAGUGAAGAGGUGUCCGCCACUCUGUCGAGAACUGUGUUGCCAGAGACAGUGAGGCGGUGCUUCAAUUGGCUGACGUUCAACAAGGGGACGAAGGGCAGAGCCGCGGUGAUUCGAGCUUUGGGAAUCGUAGCGCAACACAGCGGCAAACUGUUCGAGCCGUUUGUGGCGGCGGUGACUUCUCGACUGACUCAGCUUCUGGAGGACGAGGACUUUGAAAUUUGUGGAAUGAGCAUCAUCACCACCCUGGCGCAGGUUUUGUACGCUAUCCGCCAGACAGAGCUCAUCGGCACAUACCUAGAACCGAUUACGAGGAGCGUGAUAGACCAAGUCGGCUCGGCCUUCGUGGAGUACGCGGGACGCGCCAAAACGGACUGCGAGGGGAGCGACGAGGAAAGCGACGAGGAAAGCACGGAGGGAGACGAGGAAUACGACGAAGAUAGCGAGGAGGAAGACGACGAAAGCACUGACGAAAAAGAAGACGAAAUGAAUCACAUUGCUGAAUUUGUUCACAAAGGAUUUUCUUAUUUAUAUUUUAUCAUGAGCACGAAAGAGCUGGUUGAGACCAUUGAAAAAUCAGAGCCGAACUUGGUUGAGGAAAUUUUUCUCCUUCUCCUUACCUUUAUUCAAGAUCCAAUCAUCUACGACGAGGACACCGUGCUGAAGAUGACCGCGGCAAAGAUCGUACCGUACAUGGUUGCGAAUUUGUCGAGUAUACACAACAAGACCUUCCAGGAGAGGGCGUUGAAUGCGCUGGCGGUGCUCGAGGAUUCGUUGGGCGAGGAACAGCUGCGACCAUUGAUUACGGAUCUAAAGAACGUCCAGUUCUGAAAGCAAUAAAAACGUAGCUAUAAUCGAAAAAACGGUCUUGUGUCAAAAAACUAGAAGGUCGGCCGAAGCGCUCUUAGUCGUACGUGCGCGUGCGCGCGCAGAAGGUGGUGUGACCGCGAGAUGCAUCAUGGCGUUGGGGGAGGCAGGAAGGAAGUGCGUUUAUUCACUGUCCAAAGUGGGCCGCCUGGUGAAGGGCCCAGACGCCAAAAGUAGGUUCCUCCGCGUGAACAUGACGUUGUGAACGGGCGUUGACUUAGUCGGGUAGACGCCCAGCGCGGCGCGGUUAAUUUGGUUGGCCUCGAGAGCUCCAGAAGACAGCAAAACGGAUUGGCUUGGAACCGGAAUUUCAAGUUUGUAGUCAAAAUCUGAAAUCAUUCGGAAGUCCCAAAGGCGAACGGUUUCGUCGGCUCCGCCCGAGGCCAGAAUGUUGGCGUCCAUGCUGGUGUCCACGCUCCAGACGGACUUUUCGUGCCCUUUGAGCACGGCGGCGUACUUGCCGGAGGCCAGGUCCCAGAUGAUGAUGUUCCCAUCGUCUCCCGCGGACACGGCGAGUCGCCCGUCGUUCGCGACGACGGAGGCGUAGAUGGCGCCCAGGUGGUGCAAAAACACGCGUAGGCAGUUCCCGGUGUUCACGUCCCACAGUCGGAGAGACUUGUCGUUAGAACCGGAUAGCAGGUAGUUGCAAUUAGGGUGAAAAGAGACGGUGUUGACGUCGCUGAUAUGACCGGCGAAAAUGCGCAAGGGGUGAAGAGAGCUCGUGCUCCAAAGGCGCGCCGUUCGGUCGUGAGACGCUGUCGCGAAGUAGUAUCCGAUGGGCGCAAAUUUGGCUUGCCAAACGGGAUGAGUGUGCCCGCGGUAACAGGCAAUACUCGUCUUCGUCUUCAUGGACCAAAGCCGACAAGUCCCGUCUGCCGAACCAGACAGCAAGUGACUGCUGUCCGGCGCGAAGUCUAAGCUAAAAACACUCUGAGAAUGUCCUAUUAGCUCCGUGUACUCCGUUCGAGGUUUGACGCGAUACAUAGGGUCUCGCCCGUCCAACUGUCGGAACUUCUCCUCCGCCAAGGCCCAUUUGCUAGACUUGUCGCGCAUCAAGUCCCAAACCUUGAUCGACGAGUCUCCAUACCCAGUAGCCACCAGGCACGAGUCGGACGACACCUGGCUACACGUCAUCUGUUCAUACGUGUUGAAAAUAGUAUAGAAACAAAUGCUCGGCAAAUGGCUAGCACUCAAGGAAUCCCUCACUCGCAAAUCGUUCAUGAUUUCCGCCUUAAUUUCCUUAGAAAACGUCGGCAGUGGUACAUUCAGCUUCGGCUUCUCUGCCUCCUCCAACUCUCUCAUCCGACGCGAGCCGUCGUACGCCCUCUUUUUCUCCAUCACCUCGCUCCCACUCCUCUUGUACUUCUUAGCCAUCGGACCAGUCGACGCCUCCUCCUCGCUCGCCUCGCCGGUCUGCUCCGCCUGCUGCGGCUCCUCAGUCUUCUCGUACAACUUUCUCUGCUCGCUAGUCAUCCCCCAGUAUAUCUUCACGUUGGGGUCGGGGACCGGCUCCUGAAUCACGUACGCGCUCGAGCGCUCAAUGGCCUCCGGCGCCUGCGGGUACCCCGAAAACGUCUGAAUGCUUAUGUGCUCGUUGAUCAACACUAUCAACAUCAUAUAAUUGCGAUCCUGCAAAAACGACAUCAAAAGCUCGAAGCUGAACGCGCACAUCUUCACCACGUAUUUGUUUUGACGCCACAACGAAACCAAUUCGUUGUGCACCAAGUGAUCCACCGACUGGAUGGAAGCAAUCUGAUACAGCUCCUCCGCAUUGUCGCGCUCGUAUUCUUUGAUGUACUUAUUCAAAAACUUGUUCGCUUUGCAACACCUACGGGUCAGUCAUCAUGACGCGAACCAUCACGAACCGACCUAAGGAACAGCAAAGGGGGAGGGGAAAAAAAGGGCAAUCGCACCGCCCUCCGCAGCCGACAAAACACGCCCCAGCCGCAAAAAACAAAUGCACUCAUACAUAUAUAUACAUACGCGCUAUGAAACACACGUAACACGCAGCCGUCGCGGACUCCCCUCGUGCGCUCAGCCACUCCCCGUCAUUGAUAUGAUCGAUUGUCUAUAAAUCACACACACAUGUUCACACACGACUCAUGCUCUCCUCCCCCUUUGUGCUGUCUAUCUCAGCCCUAUCCUCUUUAUACCUGCUAUCGUGUAUCCCCUCUCUAUGAGGCCCAAGUAACAAUGGACGAAAAGCGGAUACAACAAGUUUGCGAGCUCUGGCUUUUGUCCGUCGCGCGACGCAAUGAAAAAUGUGUUAGUGUGUUCUGUUCGAGACGGCGUACUAGCGCAUCCGCGUACAUUGAUUCAAAACGCCCUCUGUGCGCAUAAAAUCACCUCACUAUUGGCUCAACACGUCAAGAAUUUUCGAACCUUAAACUGAUCUAGAGAGG